AUGGCGUCGUCAAUGGAGAAUAGCUCAAAUCUCAAACAGCAAGACGAGUUAUACUUAACUAUCACUUGGGACAAGAUUUUAAUCGGUAUAGUUCUUUAUAUGGUAACAUUAGUUACAAUCCUGGGUAACAUACUCGUGCUGGUUGCGGUGAAAAUUAAUCGGAGGCUGCAGACAACGUUUAAUUACUACAUUGUGAACCUUGCGAUCACUGACGUUGCCGUUGGCCUAACUGCAAUGAGCUUCCAGGCGACGUUUAUUGUGUUCGGACGCUGGCCAUUUGGGGAGGUCCUCUGUGCUCUCUGGAUUUUCUUUGAUUACGGAAUGACGUUUGUGUCUGUGUUCACGCUGAUCCUGAUAUCCAUUGACCGGUUCUGGUCCAUCGCAUGGGCGCUGCAAUACCGCCACAGACACACCAAGCGGAAGUGCAUUCUCUCCAUUCUUGCUGUCUGGGGUUUUAUGUUGCUGCUAUGGGUUCCUGCGUGGAUCGCUGACCGGGUGAGGUAUAGCGAACCCGGUGUCUGUUUCUGGGACCCCUCCCUAAACAAGGAGUUUGUUUUCAUCGUAGCGAUCCUGGGCCACCAUGGUCCAUACUGUAUCAUGAUAUUCUGCUAUACGUACGUAUUUAUAUUCAUGCGAAAAAGGUCCAAGAUCACAGACGUGAGUUUCAAAAGUGACACGAAGACAGUGACGCAGACAAUCACAGUGUCUACUGUGUCGAAUGACUACAACGAACCUUCUACGUCGAAAGUUACCAAUGUGGUCAAGAUCAAUGUUAAACCAAAACAAAGCAAGUCUCUGUCACAGAAUCAAUUUGAGUCGAAGUUUUCAAACCAUUUAGAAGUUCCAACUACCAAGUAUGGGUCUUCCGAAAAGGGGAUUAGCCAAUCGAAACAAAGUAAUCGCAUGGCUAAAGACAGGCGUGCUUUUAUCACUUUGACAUACAUACUAUUUGGCUAUGCUAUUUUAUGGUUACCUUUUCAUAUCGUGUUUGACAUCAGUAUCGUUGACCCUGCCCUAGUACCUGAGCAAGUUUUAAACUUGGCCUUUUGGAUGGCAUACAUCAACUCUACACUGAACCCAUUACUUUAUAAUUUUAGUAGUCCUGACUUUAGAAAAACAUUUAAGCAAUUGCUGAUGAAGUGUUGGCCUUUUAAGAGGUAA